CUCUUGUUAUUCAAGCUUCACUGUCGAGUGGCCAUUUUUUAUGUGCGUCCGGAUUCAGGUUCCGCUCGUUUCUCUCCUAAAACCGCUUUUAACACCGAUUAAUAUCGGAUAUCACCGACAAACGAGUCUAGGACUUUAAUCGCCUUCAUCGCAGAGAAGAAAACGACAGAUAAUUUGUUUGUCUUCGUCAACAUGAAUCCUGAAUAUGAUUACCUGUUCAAGCUCCUGCUGAUCGGAGACUCUGGUGUGGGGAAGUCCUGUCUUCUGCUGCGUUUCGCUGACGACACGUAUACAGAGAGCUACAUCAGCACGAUCGGAGUGGACUUCAAAAUCAGGACGAUAGAGCUCGACGGAAAGACCAUCAAACUACAGAUCUGGGACACGGCCGGUCAGGAGCGGUUUCGCACCAUCACGUCCAGCUACUACAGAGGAGCUCACGGGAUCAUCGUUGUUUACGAUGUCACGGAUCAGGAGUCCUUCAACAACGUCAAACAGUGGCUUCAGGAGAUCGAUCGCUACGCUAGUGAAAACGUCAACAAGCUCCUGGUGGGAAACAAGUGUGAUCUGACCACUAAGAAAGUUGUGGAGUACACAGCGGCGAAGGAGUUUGCGGACUCUCUUGGCAUCCCGUUCCUGGAGACGAGUGCGAAGAGCUCCAAUAAUGUGGAACAGGCCUUCAUGACCAUGGCAGCGGAGAUCAAGAGGAGAAUGGGCCCCGGGGCCACUGCGGGAGGCUCCGAGAAAUCCAACGUCAAGAUUCAGAGCACGCCGGUCAAGAUGUCCACCGGAGGAUGCUGCUGAGACCCAGCGACCGACCAGCGACAGUAACGUUACCAACCAUACGCCACAGCUGAGUUAGCAGGAAGUGUGUGUGUGUGUGUAUGAGUGUGUGUAUGUGUGUGUGUAUGUGCAAUAAAGACUGAGAAUAUUAAAGAUAAGGAGAGUAAGAGAGGAUCAAAUUAAACAUGCCUGAUUGCCUGAUUUGAAUCAUGCAUGCACAUUGAUGCAUGACCAGACAAACACGCGCCCAACCGUCUGCCGGCUUAGCGGCUCAAAUUCCGUACGCUCAUUAGACAAGCAUCCAAAAGCACUUCCGGACGCCAGCGUUUUUAGAGGAGCGCGACCAGGUUUGGCUUUGAACUUCCUCUUUGGAACUUUGAAGGAAGCGGUGGACUGUGAUGUCAUAACUGACCUCGGAACAGAGGGUUCCGUUACUAUGGCUCCCAGUGGGGUUGCUACGGCGACCUCUCGUUUGGUGGACCGUUCGCCUGUUUGGCCAUUUCUUCUGUUGUUUUGUUUUUUAUUUGUGCUCUGCAGCAUUUCAGCGGUCCUCUGAGCGUGACCAACGCAAAUCUUACAAUGAGCUAGUCAUGUUUCUGACCUGUGCUAGUUGUUUGCCACAUUUCUAACAGCAUUAUCAUCCUGUGCAGUUUUUUUGUGGUAUAAUUUGGAAAUCAAGAACCAAAUCCUGAGCCGCUUGUAAUUUACUGAAAUCAGCAUUCUGUCAUUGUUUACUCUCCCUCAGGUUGUUCCACAGCUGUAUGAGUUUCUUUCUUCUGUUGAUCACAAAAGAUGUUGGUUAUUUUGGAUGUUUAGUUGCCGGUAGCCAUUCACUUCCAUAGUGUGGGAAAAAAAUACUGUGCAAGUCAAUGGCUACCGGCAACCAUCUUCAAAAUAUCUCCCUUUUGUGUUCAACAGAAGAAAAAAACUCUGAUGGGUUUUGUACAACAUCAGGGUGAAUAAAUGAUGAACUAUGAACUAUGUCUAUAUUAUGAAUUAGUUAUUAUUUCUCUUAAUUCAUUUUGAUGCUUAUACAUCAUGUAUAUUAUAUGGAAGCUUGUUUUUGUAUCCAUGGGAUAAAAAAAUAAAAUGCUAAGUGCAACUUUUUACCUCACAAUUCUGACUUUUUUAACUCUAUAUUUCAAUUUUCUCGUAAUUGCGAGAAAAGUCAAUGUCAGAACUGCAAUAUAUAAACUCCUGCAGGAUUACAAGUCAUAAUUACCUUUUUAUCUUUUUUAAAAAUUCCGUGGCAGAAACAAACAUUAAAUUGCGAGAUGUAAAAUCAGAAUUCCGAGAAGAAAAAAAAAGUUAUUUUUUUAGUUGCAAUUCUUAAAGAAAGUCUGAAUUGUGAGAUAAAAAGUUGCAGUUUUUUUUUUUACGCCGUGUUGGAAACGUUAGCUUCUGUAAUUUCCUGUAUGUUGGACUCGGCGUUUGUUUACUGACAGCACAAGAGCAGUGUCACUGUAACAGGAGCUAUAGCAGAUCUAUGUAUAAAUGUAUCUAUAUUAAUCCCACUGAUAAACAGAAAUUGACAUCACAAUAGAUAAAGCAACAUUGCUUAUGUAACUUUGUUUUCAGGGAGAAAAUGCUCUUUUUCUCCUGUGUUUUUGUUUUCUUUUACGUCACACAAUGUUUAAAUAAACUAUGAAGGAAAAGUUUAAUAAAAAUGGUUUUAACUGGA